UAGCGCCAUCUAGAUACAGAUUCUGCACCAUAAUAAAUAUGAAAAUAACUAGAAAAUUUACAGAAGAAUCCUAUUCUGUGAUUGUCUAGAACCUUAAAACCAUUACUGGUAUUCGCAUAAUAAACCAAACACUGUAGGAAACAUGUAAAGCGAAAAACCGAAUUUAUCUGAGACAACAAUGGACAGGAUGGAUGAUCUCAAUGAGAUCCCGUUUUCUAUUGUUGGCCAGACAGCCAUGAAUAGUCUGGCAAAUAAAUUAGACCCAGAAAUGUCAGUGAUUGGGAACAACUGGAGAGUCCUGGCCGAAAAGUUAGGUUUUUCUACGGAGCAUAUUCUAAACCUUGAUUGCCGACAAAGUCUUCAUGGUCGAAAUACUCUGAAGUUAUUUGAAGAUUACAUAAAACGUAAUGGGAAUUCUGUAGGAGCAGUAAGGACAGCGUUGGUAGACAUGGAGCGAGAAGAUGCUGUAGAGGCUCUAGAGGAACACAUACCUGAUAUCUGUGAAAAAUACAGAGUUAGCAAAAAUGAAAUGCAGCGGCACAGAAUGCCAAGGCAGAACUCUUGCUAUGAACCAAGUACCCGUCAUGAAAGUUUAGGUUACCCACGGCAAGCAGUUUUCCCCACACCACCACCAGCACACUGCAAUCCACCUAAUUACCCACAUUCACAAUAUCAUCUGAACAGUGUAACCUCCCCAUACCACUCAAUGGUAUACAAUGACUUAUCGAGAAAUGGGGACACAGCUGUUUCACGUUCCAGCAACCAGACCAAGGAUUAUAAUGUUACUUCAUCGUCUUAUACAUGUACAAACAAUUGUAGAAGUCCUACAGAGACAUAUAAUCAUCCUAUUUUACGGAAUCAGGAACGGAUUCAGGAAAGUGCAUCGAAAAUCGUUCAUGUUGAUCCUAGUGACACAUAUUCUUCAUCAGACAUCGAAAUGAUGUCUGAGGAGUAUCCACCAGAAGAAGGACAGCCGCUUGCAGCAGGUAUUCAGCGGGAACAGAAUUAUCGUAAUAUCAUUAAGAGACCAUUGAACACUAAUCGUAUGGAGGGUCAAGAGGGGGAAAGUCCCCCUGUACAUCCCAAACGAUUGGACCUGCGAUUAAAUAUAUCAAGAGGGGAACAAUUUGCCAGUCCCAGUCCAAGUCCAGCAUCAGGCUCAGGAGGAUCUAUCCCACUUGCUCAACUUGACCAUUUUACUAACUCAAACCUAUAUAUGCCAGGCACCGUUUAUAAUAAUUUGAUGCAAGAGAAAAAUCAGCAAGAAUACGAUCAGGAGAGACGAGGUCAGAACAAAGAUCCAACCUUUAAGGUUCCGACUCCUGUGAGUGCCAAUCAUAAACUUCCAUAUCAAAAUGGACAACCUAUACUGGAUUUUCAUCUGCAUAGUUAUCAGCCAGUGCCACAGAGAAGGAUGGAACGUGAGGAAUCUCGGACAUUUCCACUACGCAACAGACAAUUUUCUCACCCUUCCUUGCCACCAAAGGACAGACCGUCUAUACUAAAAUAUUCUGUGUCAGUUCCUAAUGACAUGAAACCAGCAGAAUAUAGAAAAGCUUUCAAACAUAUCAGGGUAUUUGUAACCUAUGCUGGAGAUAGUAAAAAACACAUACAAAAAGUGUUAAACUUAUGUCGAUGUCUGGAGAAAAAUGGUUUCACAUGCUGUAUGGAUAUGUUUGACAAAAGAAUGCCGCAGGAACAGAUGUUAAACCGACAAGACUGGUGUGCUCAUCGGUACAAUGAGGCUGAUUUCAUUCUCAUGUGUGUGUCGGAGCAGUACAAAACAGAGAUUGAUAUGUAUGAAUGUGAGAGUCAAAUAGACGACAAGGAACUACAUAUUCAGUAUAUUUAUAGCCUGAUGUUGGCUGAACUUAAGCAGAACGGAAAUAAAAAUUCCAGAGUUAUUCCCCUUUUGUUUGAGGGUUGCACUGAAGUUGACAUUCCACAAUGGUUGCAACACACAUACGUUUAUACUUGGCCAGGGCAGUACAGGGACUUGUUAUGGUGCCUAACAAAACCACAUACAAGGAUAAAACUACGAUCACAGCAAAACCAGAGCACGCCUACGUCACCUGUUAAUGGACCACACCAUUUAUUGUAGUAUAAAAAGUGUCAUCGUUAUUUAAUUGCACAGAUUUUAGUAUGAUAUUCUUAUUUCUAAGUGUCUUUUGUACUGCUUUUAUUGUCUCAUACUGAAGACAGGAUUUAAAUCUGUGGCAGAUGUUCUUUAGAAAAAAAGAAAUUUGUUAAGGAGGUAUUGCUGAUGUUGGACAAGAAAAACAGGAAAAACCAGGAUGUAAAAACUUUUUUUCUCGAAAAAGUCAAUAUAUUGCAUAGGGAAAAGAAUUUAUUUACAUUUGUUGCAAUGUUUGUAUACAUUUGUAGUUUUCUUACAAUUUGCAUAUAGUUUAAAUGUUGCAGGAUAUAUGUUAUUUUAAAUAUACAAUAUUGCAAAAUUUGUUUUGAAAUCCAUUCUCCACAUGGAGCAAAGUCUCAUUAUAACAUAUUUUUUUCAUGUUUAUAAUUAAUUUAAAAAAGAAUUGAAUUUGAUUCUGAUGUAAGAGGGAGAAAAGCUGUUUGGGGGCUAAAAAUAAGCUUAGUAGACAAACAUUUGUUAACAUUUUUAAACCAGCCUUUUUUCAAUCAGAUUUCUAUAUGAGAUUUCUAUAGUUUCAUUAUUUUAAUCAAACUGUUAUGUGCAAUGUAAUUGUAAAUGCUAUUAUGAAUAGAUGAAUUUAUGAAAUAGAUAUAAUGGCUACCUUUAGCCCUAAAAGGAUUAUUUAACUUAUUGUGUAUUUGAUACAUAUAUAGAUCAUAACUUUAUAGCUAAUUUUACAUGUAGGUAAAAUUAUUUCUAGAUUUUCAUCCUUUUUUUGUUCAUUUUGAAGACUGAAGUGGGUGGUUUUCACUAUUGCAGCUU